UCACCGAGGCUUUUAUUUGUCAAUCGAAAGGAUAUUAGAAAAGUUUGGACGAGUAGCAAGAACCAAAAUGAAACUAUAAUUGUUGACGGUUUGGACGAUGCCAUCGCAGUGGACUUUCAUUAUACAAAGGGAUUUAUAUUUUGGACCGACGCUAGCUUGAAAAAAAUCAAGCGAAUUCGCGUCUCUACAGGAGAAAUCGAGGAUGUUGUUUCGGUGGGUUUGGUUAAACCCGAAGGACUCGCUGUAGAUUGGGUUGCAAGAAAACUGUAUUGGACCGAUCGUAGAGUUUCUGAAUGGGAAACAAGUAGAAUAGAGGUCGCGAAUUUAGAUGGAUCUAAUCGUAAAGUUCUCUUUUGGAAAGACUUGGGUCGUCCAAGGGCAAUUGCUGUCGAUCCGUUAUUGGGGUAA